AUGAGUAAUGAAAAAACAACGUAUGCAGAGCUAAAUUUGACUAAAAAGUCAAAAAGGCGACAAAAAAACCCUAAAGGUACUAAAGGCUUCACUUCAGAAACAGAGCAAGAAAUAUGCUAUGCAGAAUUAAAUCUUCGAAAUGCUACUCAGUCUCUGCAGGGAAAUGACAAGGACUACUGCUGCAAAGGAUUAUUGUCACCUCCAGAGAAGCUCAUUGCUGGGGUCCUGGGAAUCAUUUGCUUUGUCUUGCUGUGCAUUGUGUUACAAAGGAUUAUUACUCAUUCUCAAGAUAACUCUCUGGUGUCUCAUUGUGCUCAUUGUCCUCCUGAGGGAUUUACAUAUUCCAACAAUUGCUAUUAUACAACGAAUGAAAAAAUGACAUGGAAUGAGAGUGUGAUGGCCUGUGCUUCUCACCAGUCUAGCCUUCUUUAUAUAGAGAGCGAAGAAGAAAUGAAAGUCCUGGCCUCCAUAUUACCUCCGACUUGGGUUGGAAUAUUUCGUAACAAUAGACAACAGCCAUGGAUGUCAAUAAACGGUUCAACUUCCAAACUAAUGAUUAAAGAAAAUUCAGCUGAAGAACGAUUAAAGAAGCUUCAGGUGGAGAACAUAACUGUGUUAUAUUACUCUUAUCUCACCUUCCUGCAGAGAUUUGCAAUCAUCUAA